AUGGCCCAGGACACUCACGAGCUCCUCUACGGCGAGCUGAGGCGGCGGCACCGGACGAUCGCCGGGCUGGGGAGGAAGGACCUGGUGACCCUGUCGGCGCGCGUGCUGUCCCGCGCGCUCAAGACCGAGGCGAAGAAGGAGGUCGGGCGGAUGCUGGUGCACCAGACGUGGCCGACUUUCGAGCCGGUCGUUAGGUCCUACCUCGCGCUGUUCGUUGAGUGUGCCCUCCAGGAGCCUCAGAUCGAGUUCGACGAGGCGGCGGGCAAAGAGGAACCGUUCGACCCGGAGAAACACCGCCCGCUGGCUAGCUUUUCCGCGGACGCUUCCCCGAGAGAGAGGGGGCCGGGCCUGCAGAUAGACUCGGACACCCUGGAGCCGGGGUUCGAGACCGACGAUGACAGCGUCGAAAGCGGCAGCGAUGUGGCUAACAACAACAACUCCAGCCCAAGGCCCUGCUGCGUCGUGUUUCCGGCCGUGAUCGCGAGCAUCACGAGGUGGCCACCGUCCAAAGCGGCGAAGAGCGGGGUGAUCUUGUACUGA